UAUAGUGGAAGCCGUUAGAACAAGGCACAGUGAAGGCAUCACGCAAGCACACAGCUGCAUGAGCUGGAAAAGGGGGCAGAACUUCUAGCAGCAGUGCAUUUCUCACAUGCCACACACACUCUAGCGUUCUUGUACAGUUGUGGACGGGCUCGAGCAGAUGGACUAAAAUGCCACACGUUCCUCCGUCAGUUAUGAGCCCGAGUGCGGAACAUUGGCCGCGCUCCUUGGAGGUCAAAAAAAUAAAUAUUGCAGGAGGAAGGAAAACUUUACAAGUGAAGUUUUGAUCAAGGGGAGUGUAUGUUCUAAAGCAAAAUGUUCACAACCUACAUAAAGAGUCUGAAUGAUAUGGUAUUUACCACGUCUGAGAACCCAGAGGAGCAACAGGGUCCAGGAGUCUUGGGCCGAAUCGGAAGCUGGUUGUCUCCAUGGAAGGGAAGGAGUCCCAAAAGUCCGACUGAAAAUCCUUGCCAGCAAGCCGUUAAGUCGGAGGGAGAGCCUAGUGAGACCGAGGCGAAGAAACACAAGCGGGAGGAGAAGAAACAAAGAUCCAAUCCCAAUUCGCUGGGUCCCGCUGGAGACAUUUUCCGCUUUGGAGAAGAGGACGCCACGCAGUCUACCCACAGAGCAGACUCUGUUGUGAGCAGUAAAGUGACUCCUCCUCAAGAAGAGGAGUGUUUACUCAGAAAAAAGAAGCCAAUAGGGCGAGCCAAGGAGGGCUGUCAUGGUACUUCGGCGAGCGGGAAUUCCGACAGGGUUGCCUGUCAUUUGACGGAUCUCGCCGCCGCCUCUGAGCAGGGUGUGGUAUGGACCUCUGAGCGGGUUAACGACACCCAGCCUUUGACCCAGAAACCAGCACAGGCCCAUCCGGUGAAGAAGCUUCACGUGUACCUGCAGGAGACCAGUGUGACUCACUGCGGGCAAGAUUCUUUAACGGGGAGGGAAGUGAUCCGCACCACGCAGAAAAAGCUGCCGGUAUUAGCCAAGUCAAAAUCACCAAAGUCGGCCAGUUUUGAUUUGUCGCCGAGCUCGAGUUCAAGAGCGGACGGAAAUGCAGAGGCAAAUUUGAAGCCUGUGGUUGGGCCGCAGGAAGGAGUGUCACAGAAGCUACAUCAAGACUGGCAGUUAGAGCUUGAACUAGACACAGAGCAAACGGAGGCUGGCAACAUGGGUCGGAAGAAUUCUGCUAAAAAGAAAGCAAGGAAGAACUCCCAGGGGGAUGGACCGUGCAGCCCUCAGGGGAAAUCGUCUCCCGAUGAGCAAGCGGGUCGAGAAGGAUUCCGCUCAUCUGACAGCUCAAUGGCCGGCCCACAGGGUGAAAGUCCACAGAGUCAAGAGCAGAGUUUAGACUCCGCCUCCAAGCAGAGCCUCACCUCAGCGGCCUCACCUGGAGGUGGAGAAAAUGAGACGUCCGCUCCCAAGCACGCAGACGAAUUCCUGGGCUCAAGCUCAGUCACCCAAACCCGUCUUACAUGUGCCAUGGAGGACGACGACAGUUUUUACAAAGUGGAGAGGAAGACAGAGACCCCGGAAUCCAAACGGAGAAGUAUCAAGGUUUCGCGGAGUGAAGUGAAACUUUUUUCAAAAAAUGUGCCUUUGAAAGCUGAGAAAAGGAUAACAGAAGAGGAGGCGGAAUUCAACUUGGCGCCGGACCGAGACAAGAAUGAAGCCAAGGAAAAGCCCAAAACAGAAGCUGGUCCAAGGGAGCAAGACAAGAAACCCGAGGAGAAGCCAGUCCUUGGCCGAAUUACAGACAAGAUCAACUUAUUUGAGCGCCAAGGAGCCGCGACGGGCCUCAAAAGAACUUUCCAAAGUCCGAGGAGCGCUGAUGUCUCUCCUGUUCGGAACGCUAGCGGGAAACUCAAGGCUGAAUUUUUGUCAGCCACGCAGAGAUCAAAAUCAGCUGAUCGAUAUGCCGCCGUCAAUUCCAGCCCUGCGCCGGACCAAAAUGAGACUCCACCGACGGUGAAAGAGAGAGCGAGGAACUUUGCCUCAGGAUCAAGCAAACAUUCUGAAUCAACGCUGCCUGAGAAGACGGGAAUUCCCAAAAAAUCCACCACAUCUGUGGCAACCACUGCAUUAAAGUCAUCCAAACCCGAAAGUCAGGGUAAACUGGAUACUAAAACAAUGACAAGGAUAACGCUAAAACCCGAUGGACAGGAUACCACUGCUGUGAGGGUGAAAGGUUCCACACCUCCAGAAAAUGGCACAAAGACCUCAAAGACCGCAGAUCAGGGCACGAAACCUAACACCGUAGAAUUAAGUACGACAACGAAAGUCACGGGUGACAACGUAGAAGUGAUCAAUAGUUCACGGGCUAAAGCCGCUAGCAAAUGUGGGUCUCGCUCAAAGCGAAGAAAAAGCAAGGAAGCAACCAGUCCAGAUAGCGAAAUUCGGGGAAGCAAGCCAGAUCUAAGUCAGCGAGAUGCCUCUGCUGUAAAAAGUCCGAUUGAUGACGCAGUUUUUCUAACACCUGAUGAAGUCGAAGGCAUGAAAUCCAAUAAACAUACAUCAGGAGAAGAAUCUGACUUUUCCGAUAAAUCAUCGCGUCGUGGUAGAGUCGUUGAUAAAUUGGUCAACAGAGUGGAGGUUCUACCAAAACCGACAUCGGGCGAACCCGAUGUUGCUACUUCUAACAGGAAGACGACUAUUGACAAGGUUUCCAUUCGUUCAACUCAAAAGGAGGCAAAGACAGAGAAAGACAUUCUUCCACCCAAACAGCAAAUCAAAAAUGCAGCAGAGGACAAAUCAUCUUCCCUCUCGCAGUCAGCUGAACAGCAUAUCAAGCAGCCUGCCCCAGUGGCGCAGGUCCCACCAAAACCAGAUGCAGAACCACCAAAACAACCUUUACUAACCACCAGACCAAAACCAGUUCGGCCCGGUAAAAUAGAAACAGAACAGGCGCAGCCGCAUCAAAACCUGGAAUCAAAGCUAACGAGUCAGACUGAGACUAAAGUUGUGGAUACAUUUGAAAAGCCACAGGGUAACAACAACCGGGACGAAGACAAAAACAAAGAGGAAAGUGUCGCAAUGGGUGAUCAGAAAAAGCAGACGGAGAGAAAAGAGGACACAAGUGCCAAUAAAGCCGAGAUGGAAAACACUCAAGGCACCGCCAACCUCCCUACUUCAACACAAACUGUCAAUCAAACGAAUUCCGCAAUGCCUGAAGUCACCGUCGUCACUCAGGAGACUGGCAAAAAGAGUUUUCAGGGGUCUUCCAAGGAAGGCAAAGUCUCUGAGAGGCCAAAAGAAUCUUUGGAUGGGUUCACAAGAGAACUGAAACUACCAGCAAUGAUAACAGAACCACAGCCCGUGGAAACCCUCGAGGGCUCUCUCCGUCAGGCCUCAACCAAAGCUGAAGGCAGUAGUGCUGGAAAGCCUGACCGAGGUACCGCCAUGGUCUCUCAUGACCUCCCUGGGCUGAUAAGUGCACGGACUAACAAUGCGGCAUCUGUUAAAGAGUCGACUCAUAUUUCUGUUGGAAACAAUGAUGGCAAAAGCCAGGGCAAAGAGUCUCCAAGCUUGACGGAAAACCUAGAGGCUGCGGAAGAUAAAGUCUCUAGAACAAAACCGAGUUGCCCUCAGUUUCAGGGACUAAAUACAAAAGUGAGCGUAGGAGAUAUUCCUCCAUUCAAGGGGUCGGAUAAAAUUCAGUCAAGAUUUUCUGACAGCUGCACCGCAGGAAUUGCGAAAGGGAAGGCGAAGGAGGACGUGAUUGAUUCAGCGAGAAUCAAUGGUGAUCUUUCUUCACAGCUUGACAAAGUCAAAGACCAAUCAGUAAAUAAUAAACCCACUCCAACUUCCCCAAACUCUAAAAAGCUAAACCAAGACUCGGUCCAGCAGUCGCCCCCUAAGAGACUCCAUUCGCCACGUGGACUAAGCAGAGACGAUUCCUCGUUUCAACAGGACGCUCCGUCGAGUUGGCUCGACGUGGACUUUCCCAAACAGAGACUUAAAGUCUCAGGACCGAAGCUCAGCGCUUCUGUCAGCGAGAGUAAUCUCCUGGACAACGAUGAACUGGAUGACGAAAAUUUCAUCGAGAAGAUCCAGAAGCUUUGCGCUCCCUUUUUGCUCCCGCCUCGUAAACACAACCCACUCAGGCCACCUCAGCCUCCGUUCGCAAUGCCAGCGAUCAAGGAAGACCAUUUCGAGAAAACGUUUGACCCAGAAGAGUUCAAAUUUGGGCUUAGGAAGAAGAACCGAGCCUUUGACACAGGCCCGAGCCUUUUAGCUAAGCUCCAAAACCCAGAAACCAAAAGUGUCGCUAAGCCCGCUAGGGUGAGUAUAACCGACCGGUGUCUUUUGAUCAGUAGUCUAGAUCCUUCUCAUCAAAAAGAUAAGACCCCGAAAAAAGAUCAGGAGAAGAGCACUGAGGAGAAAGACCUUAUCGUCAAGUCUCGCUUGGAGGGGAGCUGCGUGCUGAGCAGUCUCACGAGCCCGAGUACCAGGAGAGGCAGAAACGGGGUCCAGAUCAACUCUCGGGAUGAAUCGCCCCAGCUCAGCCCUUCAUCGGAGUCGGACUCGCCGACUCCGACUACCACCGGUUCGUUUGCUGAGAAUUUCAGCGUGCAACAGAGAGACCAAGUCCAGCCUACGGCGGCUGCGGUCGGUGACUCAGGUCCUCCAUUUCCUUCUUUUAACGACCUCAAGCUGCCGGACUAUUUAGAGAAGUACCUCCCGAGGGAACCGACAAAUUCGACGCAGAGCGCGGACGGACGACCGGAGGUUACUGCAAAAAUGUCAACUGCAGCUUUGGUCACUGAAGCAAAUUCAGUUACGCAACCGAGUUUGAAGCUCCCUAAUACCGUGCCUCCAGUAUUUGGAGAUGGAAAUAGAAAUUCAGCUCAAACAAUUCAGCAGCCUCUGACUCAGAGGAUACGUACUCAACAUGCGAGGACUGCCAGAGAAUUUCAUAGGCGACCUGGAAAGAUGUUAUUGUUCCAGAACCCUCAGUUCAGUGGGCAAGUCUACGAGAUCUACAGGGAUGUAAAAGAUGCGACUGACCUGCAGUUGUCCAGUAUCAUCUCCGUGAAGGUCAUACGAGGAUGCUGGAUUCUCUACGAGAAGCCCGACUUUCAAGGACGCUGUAUCGCUUUGGAGGAAGGAGGCCUCGAACUGGCCAAUGAGUGGUCAGAACCCGACAACACCUCGCCGAUGCUGAUUGGCUCCAUUCGACUGGCCGUCCGCGAUUACUGCACCCCUCAUAUCGAUCUGUUCACCGAACCGGAGGGCCACGGUCGGGUGACCCCUUACCACGAUGACACCAUCGAGACCGGCACAUUUGGCAUCCCGCUGAGCACGGCUUCCAUCCAAGUUCACUCCGGGGUGUGGCUAGUAUUCAGUGAUCCGGGGUUCCAGGGAAUGCUGGCUGUUCUGGAACCCGGCGUGUACCCUUUCCCUGAGACCUGGGGCUUCCCGUCGCCGUUUGUGGGAUCUCUCAAACCCCUCAAAAUGGGUGGUUUCAAAGUGGAGAACCCAAAUGAAGUUAAGGCCUUGGUGUACGAGGAGCCUGGACUCCAAGGAUCCUAUUUGGAAAUCGACAGUGAUGUUUUCAGCUUUUUUGACGGCGAAGGAGCCGAAACAAACGUUGAUACUCACAAGCUGAAGUCUGUGGGCUCUUUGAAGAUAAUUGGAGGAUUAUGGGUCGGCUUUAGCGAGGAAGCGUUUGAAGGGCAGCAGUACGUGCUGGAGGAAGGAGAGUACCUGGAUUGUAGCGACUGGGCAGACUCGGGGCGGAUUCUGUCACUGCGACCCAUCCUGUCUGAUUUCAUGUCACCGCACCUCAAAAUGUUCAGCCAUCGAGAUUUCAGCGAGCGGGGGGUCAACAUCGACCUGAUCGUGCCCGUCACCAACAUGGACGACACGGGUUACGGCACCAAGACGCAGUCUGUCGAUGUCCUCAGCGGCAUCUGGGUCGUGUUUGAAGAGCCUGGUUUUUGUGGGGAGUCUUACGUUCUGGAAAAAGGCUUAUAUGGAAACCCAGAGGACUGGGGGGCUCUCCAAGACCGGAUUGCCUCAGUAAUGCCUGUCGUGCUGGAUGAUUUUGAAAAUGUGGCAAAGUUCAAAGUGCAGCUUUUCUCCGAGCCAGAUUUUCAAGGGAGCGUCCUCACUUUGGAGGACAGCGUGGCUACCUUGGAGGAAGGCUUCUCUGUAGCUUCCUGCAAGGUCCUGGUGGGCAGCUGGGUGGCGUUUGAAGGCCAGAACUUCAGUGGUAGGAUGUAUCUCCUGGAGGAGGGGAACUACCAAGACGUGAGAGCCAUGGGUUGCAUCAACGCAAGUUCCACCAUCCUCUCAUUCCAGACUGUGGGCUUUGAAUUCUCUCAGCCCUCCAUCAUUCUCUUUGAGCGUUGCGGUCUCCGCGGAAAGCGGGUGGUGCUGACUGAUGCCUGUGUCAAUCUUCAGCUGGCUGAGGGCUGCACCCGGGUCCAGUCGAUGCUGGUGGAGGGGGGCAUGUGGAUAUUGUACGAGGGCAUCAAUUAUCGGGGUGCUCAGAUUUUGGUCAAACCCGGUGAGGUACCCGACUGGCACCAGUUCAGCAAGUGGAAUAAAAUUGGAUCACUCCGCCCCCUUUUACAGAGGCACGUGCACUUUAGGUUAAGAAACAGGCAAACGGGGCUUUUGAUGUCCGUGACGGGCGAUCUGGAAGAGGUCAAACUGAUGCGGAUUCAAGAGGCCGAGGAGACCAACGGGCUCGAGCAGAUCUGGCUCUACCGCGGCGGCCAUCUCCAUUGCAAGCUCCUUGAGGAGUGCUGCCUGAGUCCCAGCGGCAGUGUGACCAUAGCAGGAAGCCGCGUGGGUCUCGUGCCAGAGAUGGAUAACCACGUGUGGAGUAUCACCCCUGAAGGCUUCAUCCGGUACAUGCCGACUCCUGAUCUGGUCUUGGAGGUGAAAGGAGGGCAUCAUUAUGACAAAAACCAACUGAUUCUCAACACCCUGGAUCCGAAUAAAGUCCACCAAAUGUGGGAUGUGGAAAUUAUUUAAGAUUAUUCCACACAGCAAAGCAAGCAUUUGAGGACUAUGUGCAUUUUUGCUGCAAUGUUCAUGGUGGGAAGUUCUCUUAAAGAAUAUAUUGCUGCCUUCUUAAAAUACUUGACUCUCCAAGUACUACAACGCACGGUUCAUGUUUUGCUUUUUCAAUGAACGACUCAGUCUUUGUAAAUUAACUUAAGCAGUGUUAAUGUGUCUCGUGUAUUUUUAUUCUGAAUGUCAUAUAACAUUUUAUUCAGCAAUAAAACAAAGUUCUACUUUCA